ACUCGAUUUCUUUCUUAUAAGUGGAUUGUAAUUUAAUAUGAACUCUUCAGGAGAUCAAAAUACAAAACAAGAACAAAUAUCAAGUAAACAUAGUAAAGAAGCGGUAGCAUAUAAAUUCUGGCAAGAAUUUCAAGAAGAACGAAAAGAUAUACAAAAAUCGAUUAAUAGUCUUUCUACAAAACCAAAAUCAUUAAUUACAAAAUUAUGUGAAGAAAUAUUAGUUAGAAUUAAUUUAUUAGAAAAAAAAGCUACUGAUGCUAUGAUUUAUUUGCCUAGUUAUGAUCAAAGGCAAUCAAUUUUGCAAAUUAGGGCAUUGGUUGAAGAAUUAAAUACAAAAAAAGCAGAAAUAGCUCCAAAAAGCAAAUUUUCAUUUAAAUCAAGAAAACCUAAUGCUACAAAUGGAAGUGGGGAAAGAGUAAAUGAAACGGAAAAUAAACAAAAUAUUAUCAAAGCAACGCUAUCCACUACAACUACAUCUACAAUUUCUAAAACAAUUUCUAACGAAAAUUUUCAAAUGAUCACAUUAAACAAUAAACAAAAUUUUUAUCUAACAGUAGAUUCUUAUUUAUCUCCCCCUUCUUCAACAGAUGAUUCAACAAAAACAAUGGAUUUUCAUCUUUCGAGUUUGCAAAAUUGUUUUAUUAACCUUGUGAGUAAAAAUGUUAUUAUCGGUGCUAUACAUAUUAAAGGAUUAAAGAAUUGCGUACUUCUCGCCGGUCCUGUUUAUAGUUCUAUUUUAAUUCAUGAUUGUGAAAAUUGUGUUUUUGUUGUUGCUUGCCAUCAGUUUCGAAUGCAUACUUCAAAACAAAUGAAUAUAUAUCUUCACGUAACAAGUCAUCCAAUUAUUGAAGAUUGUGAUAAGAUAAAGUUUGCUCCAUAUACUUUAUCAAUUCCUGGAUUAGACAAAAUGUUUGAGGUAAAUAUUUGAAUUUUAAAAAAUUGAAAGAAAAAAAUACUAAUUCCUAAAAAUUUAUCAUAGGCUGCCAAACUUGAUCAAAAAACUAAUAAAUAUGAUACAGUAGAAGAUUUUAAUUGGUUAAGACAACAAGCUUCACCACAUUGGGAUUUAUUGGAGGAAAAAUAUUUAAGAAAAGAUUGGCCUUUGAUCAAUAAUGAGGGAAUGAAUAACAUUAACGAAAACGAAUUAAAUAAUGUUUUAAGUGAAAUUUUGGAACAAUCUACCUAACAAUACUAGUUAGAACGCGUUGGUUAUAAUAAAGAACGCGAAAAUAAUAUAGAUUUUUUUUUUUUUAUAAUGCGAGAAUCAAAUAUAUAAAAUAAAUAAAAUUUUUUGUUUGU